CGCCUGCAGUAACGAGUCAAGUAUUUACACGAGUGUAUGCAUGGUUUCAGUGUCAACGUUAUUUGCUUCAAUUCCUCGUAAGCAUGCACAUCCCACCUGCCUAGGUCGAGGAUAGCUCCUUCCGUCUAGAGUGUGCCCGUGACUUAGCGCGAUCUCAACAGGAGCGCAUCUCACAUCCAGCAACCCGUUUUUCUUUCCUCGAUCUAUCCCACUAUCGCUACUGGAGCAGAGAAUGGCGCCUCGCAAGAAGACAGAAGAGAAGGCCACAGCCAACGAGGCCGCAGAUCUGGUGUUGGAGUAUCUUCGCAAGCAAAACCGCCCAUACUCAGCUAUCGAUGUCUCGGCGAAUCUACACAACAAGGUCACAAAAGCGUCUGCAGCAAAGAUUCUGAAAGAUCUCCACGAGCAGAAAGCAAUUGAGGGGCGAGCCGCUGGCAAGCAAAUCGUAUACCACGCUCUACAGAACGCAGCCGAAGCAUGCACCACUGAACAACUCGCCGCUCUUGACGAAACCAUUCUCGAUCUCCGCACGCAGACCACCACUCUUGUCGCAGUCGCAAAGAAUCUUCGCAGCUCCUUGUCUAGCCUCAACUCCACGCUCAGCACGGCAGAUCUUAUCGCCAAUGCCCACACUAUUGAGACGGAGAAAGAGCAGAUCGAGGCUAGAAUUGAUGGACUGAAGAAAGGGAAAGCGAAGAAGGUCACAACAUCAGAGCGAGAAGCGAUUGAGAAGGAGUGGAAGAAGAGCAUCCGUGUGGCAAGGAGGAGGGAGAAGAUUGCGAAGGAGAUGUGGGAGAAGAUCGAGGAGAAUUUGAAUGAUCCGCAAGAAAUAGAGAAGCACAGGGAGAUGUUCGACCUCGACGAAUGAGGAUAUGCUGUCGCUGGUGAGGCGUGAACGAUGCUGAGCGUACUAUUUACUGGCGAUGUUGUACGAUAUCAGAUGUGAGGAUAUGUGGACGAUGUAACGAAAUCAACUAGAGUUCAGUUUUCAGAC